AUGAUAAUUAAAAAGAAUCUCAAAUCCGAAAUGCCGACUCGGAAACGGGCUAGACUCGGUAACUCGGAGGGGAGCGAGUCAAGGUUGACUCAGAGAAACAAAAAGAAGAAAAUUAAUGGGAAUUUUCCGUUGAAUCUUCUCGCCGGUGCAAUUCCCGCUAGCUUUACUGGAUUACUCGGUGCCACCGUUGCAACCACCGUGGCAACGUCGAAUAACGGGUUUGAUUUGUCUAAUGGGAAGCCUGAUGUUAAGAAUGCGGCGAACCGCCCGCCGCUUGUUCGGACCUCCCGCGGCCGGCUUCAGGUGUUGCCGUCGAGGUUUAAUGAUUCUGUUAUUGUGAAUUGGAGGAAAGAAGGAAGAAACAACACCGCCGCGGCUGCGGUCGAUGAUACUAGCUUUCGGGAAUUUGAAUUUGAUGAAUUUGGUUUCGGAAAGGGGAAGAAUGGGAAUGGAAUGGCUGGGAGCCCUAACCGGCCUCGCGGGUAUUCGGUUUUGUGUGAGGAGGUAUUGCAUAAGAAUUUCGGUGUUGCUGCUGGAAAAGAGUUGAGUUUGCGUGAGAUUUUUGAAGAAACUAAGAUGAAUAAUGAAGUUUUGAAGAACGAGGGGUUGUUUGGACCAGAAGAUUUUUAUGCAGGUGAUAUAGUGUGGGCUAAGGCGAAGAAGAAGGAACCUUUUUGGCCUGCAAUGGUCAUUGAUCCAAUUUGUCAAGCACCUGAGCUGGUAUUGAGAUCAUGUAUAGCUGAUGCUGCUUGUGUCAUGUUUCUUGGUUACUCUGGAAAUGAAAAUCACAGGGAUUUUGCAUGGGUGAAGUAUGGAAUGAUAUUUCCAUUUGUGGAUUAUGUAGACAG